CCAUGAACAACCUGAGAUUUCAGUGCUGGACUCUGUGUGCUGGAAAAAUAAUGCUGUUCUCAUUUGGAGCAGGAUUGCUCCAGAGACAACACUGCUGAGCUGGGCCUUUGCUCUGUUGGGUUUUUGCUGCCCAGUGCUGAACGAGCGGCUCCACAACACAAGGGAGUAAAAUUACGGAUUAAAAGAAAGUCUAAGGCUGGGGGAGCAGGACUAAGGAAGCAGUUGGUUUGAAGUGUAAUCUCACAUCCAUCACUAUCUAGAAAAUGUCUUAUGGAUCCAUUGAUGGGAGUGGAUUUGGGAGCAGGAACCCAUUUGGAGGCCCUUCGAGACAAGGCUAUCAACCUCUCGCCACCCAGAUUGAUCCCAGCGAACUGCAGGAGCUUUUUCAGGAGACUUCAGCCAACGUGUUCCGAAUUAACUCCAAUGUGACCUCUCUGGAAAGAAGUCUUCGAUCUCUGGGGACCUCAAACGAUACUCAAGAGCUGCAGGAUGGACUGCAUGCGACCCAGCAGGAGACUAAUAAAACCAUCACCACCAGCACCAAAGCCAUCAAGCAGCUGUCUGAGAUUGUCAGAGGCUCAUCCAGGCAAGAGAGGCUCCAGCUGGACAGGCUGAAGAACCAGCUGUCGGAUGCCAUCCAGAGAUAUGGAGCUGUGCAGAAGAAAAUAGCAGAAAAAUCCAAAGCUUUGCUUCCCACUGGGCAGAGAAGCACCAAACACCAGAGCCCCAAGACCCCCUUCUCUGACCUACCUGAUGAUGAGAAGAUCUUUAAUGGGGGAGAUGCCACGUGGCAGAACCAGAGCCAGGACCAAGCCUUGCUCUCGGAAAUCACGGAGGAGGAUCUGGAGGCCAUUCGGCAGCGGGAAGAGGCCAUUCAGCAGAUUGAGAGUGACAUGUUGGAUGUGAACCAGAUCAUUAAAGACCUGGCCUCCAUGGUGCAUGAGCAAGGAGAUGCAAUAGAUAGUAUUGAAGCCAACAUUGAGACGGCGUCUUCUAACGUAGACUCAGCCAAUGAGCAGUUGGCAAAAGCCAGUCAGCACCAACUACGAGCCAGGAAGAUGAAGUGCUGCCUCCUCUCCAUCGCCUUGGCUGUUCUGGUGCUCGUUGUCAUCAUCAUCGCGGUCUCUGUCAAGCGCUGAGCUGGUUGUGGUUUCCACAGAGCCUGUGAUCCCCCUGGGAAGCUGGAAUGGAUUCUCCAGGCAUUGCACAUUCAGGCCCUGUGUCCAUGUCUGCGUUACUGACACGUCCCAUCGAACCUGCUACACCAACAAACACAAAUUGUAUGAAAAAAGAGCUAAAUUUCAUACUGUGUGUUGGUACCAUUGUGAAUAAUUUUGCCUAUUUCUUUUCCCCUUCGUUGUAGACAUGUCUUACCUCAGAUUUUAAUUGCGUCCCCCGUGUCUGGGGAAUGCUGUUCCUCUGCCUUCAGAUUUGCUAUACAAUGUGCUGUAAGAUAAGUAGCUUUUAAUUCAUCUCCAUUGUUUGUGUUUUUAACCUGCUCCUGAUCUCCAGUUCUGCUCAUUUAAAACCAUGAAAGUCAAAGUGUUUUGUCUGAUUCUUUUUUUGUUUGUUUGUUACUGGUUUUGUACAUUUAAAGAUUAAUUUAGCUCAGAUUCUCCCCCCUGCUGUGCACUGCUGCUUUAGACUCUGCUCUGCUGGAUCUGAGCUAAGCAUGACCACAAUUAUAUGUGCCAUUUACAACACUUAGAUGCUUAUUUCAUCCCACUGUAUGCACAGAACACCACAUUUAUUUAUGAGAAAAACUAGUGAAAGAGCAGAUCAAAUAAACAAGGCACGCUGUUACUAUUUUUUAAAGACCUUUUAAUCUAUUAAAAAAAAUCAAGCAAUGUAUCUCAUAAAAAAAGCACCAAAUUUUGCAUUAGAUUCCAUUUCAUAGGUUUCAAUGCAACCAGCAUUUGGGAUUUUGUUCCAUCCUCACCUACAAUAUUUUCUGCUGACAACAUGAUUGAAACUGCCAUUUAAAUUCUCGUUUAAGUGUGUUGUGUGUUAUAAAUGCAGUUUUCCUCCAGUAAAUAAAGCAUUUC